ACGGGGGGGUGGGACACAGGCCCCCCGGUCAGCUGGGCAGCUGGCCGUGUGGGUCGGCGGCGCUAUGCGAGACACAUGUGGAGCGCCAUUGUUCGGCGGCGAUCAGAUAACACAGGGCCCCCGACACAUUCCGCAAAACAGCGCGUUUCAGAGUGCGAGUGCCGCGCUCAAUGGGGGAUUGUCAAGAGGGCCCGGCCCCGCAGAGAACUAGUGCCUUUUGUUGCCUGGCAGAAACGGAGCGGCGAGAUACGAAGUGCCGUGCCGUACAGUACAGUACAGCGGAGGUGGGGGUGGAGAAAAACAUCCCUGACAAAGAUGGCGUCCGUUGCGCUACAGUAAUUUAGAAAAAAAAUCAUUCGUAUUUUAUUUUAAAAUUAGCUUAUAUUUUAUGAGAAACUCGCACAUAAGGGUUACAAAUCAAUUGACAUUUUUGAGAAACGUUCCCGGCAGUAGCUCGGGUUGACGGGACUUCAACAGGAAGAGAAUGUGACGCAACGUCCUGUUUUCCAGACUCGCCAAGAUGGCGCUGCUGUUAAGGUCGAUGCUCCGUCCGGCAGUGCUCUCCAGGACACAGGCGUGUGUGGUGUACAGACAUGCCGUCCCCAUGGGCACCAGCACCAAGGAGGAUAUGAGCAAGUUCUGGGACAAGAACGCCCGUCUGAAGCGACCCCUGUCACCCCACAUCAGCAUCUACAGCUGGUCCAUUCCGAUGAUGAUGUCGAUCUCCCAUCGAGGGACCGGGGUCGCCCUGAGCUCAGGUACGGCCUGUCCGCUGGCUUCUCUCCGUCUAACGUUGCAGUCUUGCAAAAAGAGUCCCGAAACCGUGGUGACGGGAGGCACAGUGGCGCAGUGGUGA